UUUAACUGUCAACGUUCCUCAAACAGUCAUCAGAGUCUGAGGAGAGCGAUGGAGGGAUGUAUGGUCCGUCUGCAUAGUGUGGGAUUCCGGGGUGACUUCACAUCUCAGCCCGUCAAAAUCAACUUCCACCAACUCCUCCAAACCAGAGAUGCUCCUGCAAUCCUGCCCACGAUAAAGAAUGAGGAUAUUCUUCGGACAGUGGUUGCUAUAUUUGAGACAUCCUUGCCUGAUGUUGGCCCCAGAGAUGUCUACGAAACAGUACACUGCCCUGGCGUACAGACCAUUAUUUUGUCACGGGACCAUGCAGAUGUUUUAGAAGAGUAUCGGGUCAGAACAACCAGAGACAAUUUGAGGCCAGUACCCUGUAAAGCAAAAGAUAGAGCAGACGCCACACACAACAUGCUCGCAGAGCUAUACAGUGAUUCUGAAGAAAGCCCAGAAGAAACCUCAGAGGAGAACUCAGCAGAGGAUGACAGUAACAGGUCUUGGGAGCGAUUCUCUGAGGGGUUUCAGGAGUUUGUAGACAGAGCGAAGGAGAGGAGAGUGAGUAGGACAGUAGAAGAGGAAGGAGAGAUCCCGCCAUCCGCCGUAGGAGUUGAAUCUCUUAUAGUGGCUGCAGCCUGCUAUGAGCUCAAGCGACUGUCUACAGGAGACAGAGUGCUUCAGUUAUCUCUGUUGGCUGUGAGGAAACGUUAUUGGCACCUUGGGAUUGGUAGCUACAUCAUGGAGCUUUUGAAGACUCAGUCUGUGGUAGGACAAUAUGAUGCCCUUAUUCUCCAUGCUGACAGUGAUGCAAUAGGUUUCUUUAAACGCCAUGGGCUCACUGACGACCUCCUGCUCAAUGACAAGUUCAAAGAGCUGAAAGAUGACUGGACCAACAGUAUUCUUAUGAGCUACCUGCCACCAUUUACUACAGAUUUAGAGAUGAGAAAUCCUGAUUUUUCCUUGAGUUUACAAGAGUUGGAGACAGAACUGGAUGUGGCAAGGACACAGGCUCUCUUUGCCUACCAGCAACAGGUGAUGUGUGUGACCAGGCUAAUCAAAGAGGUCAAGACCUUACGUGAACAGCUAGAUCUACAACAUGAGAAAGUGGAGCGCCUCAGCACCAAGCUAGAACUCGAAAAGCAAAAGCGGCAUGAAAUAGAGCGCAGGUUUUUGAUGUACAAACUAAAGACCACACAACAACUGUUGGACAACUUCGUUCCAGAAUCAAGUGUUCAGGAACCAAUUGAGCAUUCAAGUUCAAGAGAAUUAGAGCAAGAAAUGGCACAAUCAGAAGAAACUGUCAUCAAAACAGUAGAGGGCGCCAAAAGCUGUGAAUAACUGCUACAUUCUACUUUGAAAACAGACAAUGUAUACU